AUGAAAACAGAAAUGAAGAGCCAAGCAAAGGAAUAUGAAGGAGCGGAAGAAAAUUAUUUCAACUUGGGUAUAGAAAAGAAUUUAAACCCAAAUGUGAAGGCUGGAGUAUUUGAAAUGUUGAAUAGUAUCAAAAGAGUUCCAAAGCCUGAAAGCAGCGAAAAGGACAUGGAUUUAAAUUCUAUUAGAGAAUUUGAAGAGUACAUUGACCUAAAGAACUUCAACAUCGAUUUCAAAACAAACGAGUUUAAAGAGAAGCAUGCUGAGCAACAUACAUUUCAAGACUCAAAGAACGUAGACAGGUUGGAUAGGGUAGAUCAUGGAGAUGCAGCACUGGUUAUUGCUAGCAUAAAAAAGGCAGAGUCGGCCGGUAUUGUUGAUGACGAUUCUUUUGAAUCUGUGUUGAAUGGAGACUAG